AUGAGUGACGAAUUUUUGCAUCGCACGGAUACACUCGGCACCGUCAAAGUAGUGACUUGCGGUCCACAGAAAAAGCACUGGGUUGAAUUCCAGUUGGUGGAUGAACAGGGUGAACCACUGGCGAACCUGCCGUGGCGAGCGGUGAACGAUGCCACACGUGCCGACUGUGCGCCGCCGCACUCAGGUGUGAGCGAUGCCCAAGGAGUGGUUCGUGUAGACGGCCUGCACCCCAUCCCCAUCACCUUGCUGGUGUCCGCCGACCCGCUGGCCGAGCAACUGCAAACCCGGCGCUUGCGUGCCGAAAGGCCCGAACCGGAGUGGCCAAUUAUCGGUGACCGCAGCGCGCCCUACGGUCCGCAGCGCCCGGGCUUUUCGCCGAUUGAGGCGCAGGCGCUCGCGGCGGGGCACGGCUACCACUAUGUGCGCAUUGGGCAGUUAUGCGAUCAAGCGCCGAACGACCCGCCGUUGGCAGACUCGAAGAAACUUCCGGCGUUUCACUUUCCGGACCCGGCUUUCAGUGGGUUUACCGUUGAGUACGAGGAGCUGAAUCGCCGGCAUGUGGUGGAGGUGUGUCCAUUUCGUGCUUGGGCGUUGGUGCUGCAUCAUCAGCCUGAGUACAGCUUGGUUAAUGCACACAAUUUGGGGCUUAUGAGCAUUUUGGCUUAUAGCCGAUAUGAGGAGAACGAUCGCGGUUCACCCGAGCAGUUUUUUCUCCAUCAAUGCCUGGACCUGUCACGCACGCCACGGGUAUUGGAUACCGGGAACAACUGGGGUUGCGUGGUAACGGAUGUGCCGUUUAGUCAGCGCUAUACGUUGGUGCAGACCCAGGACACGGGGAAGGCGGAUCCGCCGGAAGGCAAUACGCAAUUCUUCUACGCCAUCAACGCCUCUCAGGUGCUGGUCGCUUGGCGCGGCACCGAAAUGGCCUGGCCGUUUACCGAUUUGGCAACGGAUGUAACCUUUCGGCCUGUGAAGCCAGAAAUGCAGGCCACUUGUGAACCCAAGGUGCCCUGUGACGACUUGACCCCGCAGGGCAGCGUGCAUCUGGGGUUUCGUGAUGCAUUUGAAAAGGCCAGAAGGAUUUAUGCCGAGAAUCUAGGCGAAACGAUCAGUAGUGAGAUUCGCGACAAAAAACUGUUCAUUUGCGGCCACAGCCUGGGCGGCGCCCUUGGCCUGAUCCACGCCGCGUCGCUAAAAGAUCAAAAACCACUGCUCUACACCUACGGCAUGCCCCGCACCUUUACCCUCAAAGCCGUACACGGCCUAGCCGAGAUUCGACACUUUCGCCAUGUCAAUGACACAGACACUAUCCCCAGCGUCCCACCCGAAGCGGAGUUGGACAACUACCUGUACAACCUCUACGGCCAACUGGGCACUUCUCUUGGGUUCGCCUGGUCCCUGGUUCAACUAACCGCCAGCCAACUGUUCCGGUACGGCGACCCGUUCUGCCAUCACGGCGAAAUCGCCAUGCUCUACUGGGCCGACCAGCACCGCCAGGCCAGAGGCUCGCACUAUCCGGCCUAUCUCAACAAGGAAGGACUGGGCGCGCCCUACCACACCACGAUCAACCAUCGCCUGGCGCAACGAUCCCUGAUGUAUGUGGUACCCAGCCUGAGCACCGACGACAGCCAACAGGCCGAACACGCCCAGCAGCGGUUUUUCACCUCAUUGGCCACCGAGAGCCGGAACAGAAUCUUCCCGCCCAAUGGCAACCUCAGGACCGGCCGGUUCACCGGGCUCGGCAACCAUUUCAUGGGGGUGUACCAACCCCAUAUCCGCAACCAGUUGCUGGAACUGCUCAACCCUGGGCGCGACCCGUUGCUGGAGCGGCAGGUGCAGCGGCAGAAAUUCAAGCAACAGAUGCGGGAGAACGCCUUGAGCGCGCCCGAAGAUGAGCUGACGCGUAACCGGGUGUUCCUCGAACUGCAAAACCAACUGGAGCAGGCCCUGCGCGUCACGCGGGAAAUGGAGGGCGGCGCCGAAGCGCUGCAACGUUUCGAUGCGGUCUCGGAUCCCGAGAGACACCACGAAACCAUUAAGGGU